ACUGUUAAAUGUUAAUGUCAGAGCUUCAAUAAAAAGGUUAUAAAAUAGAAACUAGGAAGGAGCUUAGUAAAAUCAUAGUGUUCAAUAGUCAUUUAAUAUUUCGGAAAAGUAAUAAAUGGUGAAUCCUUAAUAAAAGGAUUCGAUUAAGAGGAUGGCGUCGACGGGUAGUACUCCUUUCCCUAAGUGGCAACUGGCCAUUCUACUUGGGGCUCCUUUAGCUAUCGGUUUAGGUUACCUUUAUCUAAGAAAUAGAUUAGAAGAUCCCGAGAAGAAGAAAAUUGCCGAGUUAAAAGCAAAGACAACUAUUUCGUUAGAUAAUGAAGACAAUGCAAAAGCUACAGAAAGUGCUAUUGACCGUGCAAUGAAGUUGAAGGGAGCCGGAAAUCGAGCUUUUCAUGCAGGUGAAUACGAUAAAGCUAUUGCUCUUUAUAACGAAGCUAUCGAGGCUUGUCCUCCCGACCGCCCCGUUGAUUUAGCUACUUUCUAUCAAAAUCGUUCUGCUUGCUAUGAAAAACGAGAAAUGUGGGAACAGGUCAAAGAAGAUUGUACCUUUGCACUUAAACUUAACGAAAAAUAUGUCAAAGCCUUUCUUAGACGAUCACGAGCGGCUGAGAAGAGUGGCGAUCUUGUGCUUGCAUUAGAAGACGUAACAUCUGCUUGUAUAUUGGAAAAAUUCCAAGUACAGAGUUCUCUGGUUAAUGCUGACCGUAUACUUAAAGCUCUUGGCAGACAACAUGCUCGGGAAGCGCUUGCUAAAAGACGACCAGUCAUGCCAUCCAAACAUUUCAUUAAAACAUACUUUUCUGCUUUCUCUGAAGACCCUAUCUGCAAAAUUAAUUUAGAUGACAGUGCAUUGAAUGGCUUUGCAAAGGCAAGGCAUGCUCUUGAUGGUCAGGAUUACGAAUCAGUGGUAGCAGCUUGUACUGAGGAACUGGAAUCAGAUGGGAAGUACACAUAUGAGGCAUUGCUUUUACGAGCAACAUUUUACCUUCUGCUUGGUAGACAUGAUGAAGCUCAGGCUGAUCUUGCCAAAGUUAUUGAUAGUGAUGCAUCACUAAAAGUUAAAGUUAAUGCCCUCAUUAAACGUGCAUCUCUAUUUACACAAUUGGAAAAUACAGAGCGUUGCUUGGAAGACUUUGCAAAUGCAGCAAAAUUAGAUCCCAAUAACUCGGAUAUAUAUCACCAUCGUGGUCAAGUAUAUCUUCUCUUAGAAAGAAUGGAUGAGGCAACUGCAGAGUUUGCUAAGGCAGUGGAACUGAACCCUGAUUUCUCUAUUGCUUAUAUUCAGAAGUGUUAUGCCGAUUACAGACAUGCGCAGUUGCACAAAAACAUUGGAGCCUUGACUCAAGUGAGAGCUGAUUUUGAAAAAGCACUCGAAAGAUUCCCAAGAUGUGCUGAGGUGUACAUUUUAUAUGCUCAAGUGUUGUCAGAUCAACAAGAAUGGGGUCGUGCAGAAGCUCUAUUUGAAUCUGCACUGGCGGUUGACCCUAAUAAUGCCACACUUUAUGUUCACAAAGGUCUUGUACAAUUACAAAAAAGCACAGAUUUUGAUAAAGCUGUCAAGUUAAUUAAUAAAGCAAUUGAAAUUGAUGACAAAUGUGACUUUGCUUAUGAGACACUGGGCACAAUUGAAGUUCAAAGGGGAAACUUGAGAAGAUCUUUGGAGCUUUUCGAAAAGGCAAUUGCAUUAGCCAAAACUGAACAAGAGAUGACUCACUUGUUCUCAUUAAAAGAUGCUGCAGCUGCACAAUUGAAGGUCUCAGAGCGUUGGGGACUUGAUUGGACUGUCAGUUAGACCUUACUUUGGUUUCACUUCAAUUACACAACGAGAAUAAAAUCCUGUAUAAAUAUGAUACAUUAAUAUGUUUCGAAAAUACUUCUUAUUUUAAAUUUGCAUUAAAUUUCAUAUUAUAUUUAAAGAAAUUUAUUUUUUUGUUUGCAACACAAUUAGACUUCACCAUACAAAAAAUAUAAAAUGUUUAUAAAUAAAUGUUAACCAUUAGCCAUGUCUAAAUGUACAAACUGCAGUUGAAUUUAGUUAAUAGUUCAGUAUAAGUCAUUUACUUAUAAAUGUUUCGUCGGUAUCACUUAAUUAUAUUGGAAUCUAAAGUCUCGUUGUGAAAUAAUUGUGUGCAGUCUUGUUGUAAAGCAUUAAGCCGUUACCAACUCGUCGCUCUGAAAUUCCAUGCUAAAACACAUGCCUCCCCGUACAGAUAAACAUUAUAAUUAGUAUUUAAGUACAUCUGAUAUUGUGACUUUGCUUAUAGCAUAGAAAUUUUUAGGUGUUUUGUGUACAUAUUAUGAAUGUUUGUAUCUAAUUGUGGUUUUAAAAUCUGUUAUGAGAGUUCUGAUCAUCCUCAUACAGACUGAAAAUAUUUAUUUAAUAAUUGGUCAUUACCUAAAUCCUUUUACUAUUUUCAUUGAAUAUUUGUAAUAUUCUAUGUGAUUUAAACGUAUAGUUAGUAUACUUGUGUCAUUUUAUUUUAUAAAUUAAAAGUACUUAUAUAAUAUUGAAAAGGAUAAAAUGAUAAGAUACAUAAAAUAAAUAUACAUAAGUGUUAAAAUUCUUUGCAGGCUUUGUAUUGAAGUCCUGGAUCAUUUAAUCUUCAUUAUUACAUGAGUAAUUGAGGUACUGCUUUUAAUAGUCUCUAUGCAUGUAUAGUUUUUUAGCAAGGCAAACAAAUAUUUAUUAACAAUUUCCAAUUUUUUGCAUUCAAGUAUUUUGUAGCAAGAUAGUCUUGAAUUGUUUAUAUUUGUAUAUUCUAUUGCACAAUGCAAUAAGCAUUACAA